AUGCCCCACCUACUGGACGACGACGACGAUGCGUGGUCCUACUCGUUUCCACCAUCCACCGAGUCUCUCCCGUUGCCCCAGGACACCAGUCUGGGCCUGGGUGCUAAUUCGAAGCCUCUCCCAGUAGUGACCCCAGACUCCAAACUAAGGCAAGAUGACUCCAAGCCCAUCCCACACGUCAAUGGCUCCGCCCAGACGUAUGGUAGCCAGGUCGAAACGCUCAGGAAGGGCGACGUGGAAGACGCCCAGUCGCAGGCGUCUUCAGCUUCUUCUGGAAAUGGUCUUUCAGCAGCAGAACUACGCAAGAAUCGGCUCCUGGCAUUGGCGCCUAUUUCCAGAACGUCAUCACGGUCGUCCGCAUCACUCCAGUCGCCGUUCUUGGUCAAAGCUAGUCCGGCCAAUCCGCUCACAACCAAGCAGGACGCUUCGUCCAUUAUCUCAAAGGAUAACCUUGCUAGCGGGUUCGAGGCCACGCUUAGCACGAACAAUUCGGCCAGAUCCAGCUUGCUACACAACAAGAGUUACUCCACAAGCACUAACGACACGGUGACCGAGACAGAUGCCCAAACAGGCCCCAAUUCCCCCAAGAUCAUCGCAUACAGAAAGUCCAAGGGCAGGUCCAUCAGCGAGUCGUACCCAGAAAGCCCCUCGACCCCCAAGGGCCACGACUACAACCUUUACACUGACGAGACCUUCAGAGAUACCCCGUACUACUACGCCACCAUGAAGCGCAAUACCGAGUUCCAUCAGCUUUUCAGGACGUUGGACCUCACCGACCGCUUGUUGGAUGACUUCUCGUGCGCCUUGAGCAGGGAGAUCUUGCUACAAGGUAGAAUCUAUGUCAGCGAGCACUACUUGUGCUUCAACUCGAACUUGCUUGGUUGGGUGACCAACUUGGUGAUAAAAUUCGAGGAUAUAGUCAAGUUGGAGAGAAAAUCCACUGCAGGAUUAUUCCCCAACGGGAUCUCGAUUGAAACAAAAGACUCAAAACACAACUUUGCCAGUUUUUUAUCUAGGGACGUGACCUACGAUUUCAUGACCAGCAUCUGGAGCAAGUCUCGUGGAGAGCACAUCGAAACAUUGGGAGUAACUCAAGAAGAAUUGGUCCAGCAAAAGAGAGAAAAGCAACAGGAAGAUAUUCUCAAUCAGACCCCCAAAAUAGAGUCAUAUAUCAUGUCAAUUGACGGGGAUGAUGGCGAUGACGAAAACGAAGAUGUUUCAGAUGGCGAGCUAAGGGAUGGUUCAAAGGACUCACUAAGGGCGGUCGAGGAAGUUUCCACGAAGUUGUUAAAAUUCAAGCCCGAGUCUAAGUAUAAGAAUCUCGGGCCUGAUAUACAUACACCUACGGAUGCGUCCGAUGCGUUUACGAAAGAACCAAAUGAAGUGGAGCUAUGCAACGAGAUCAUCGAUGCACCCCUCGGAAUAGUGUUUGACAUCUUAUUCGGUAGUUCCAACACUUCCUUUCAUAGAAAGUUCCUUGAAACACAUGAUGGCUCCGAAAUAUCUGAAUACGAUGAGUUCCUACCCAUGCAAGAAGAUCCAACAAAAUUGGAAAGAACUUACACAUACAGAAGAGCUUUGGGCUACUCUAUAGGGCCAAAAUCAACCAAGUGUGAAGUGAGCGAAGUCAUUGAACAUCAGAACUUUACAGAUUAUAUUACUUUGCUCACUAGCACAGCAACACCUGAUGUUCCCCUGGGCCAGUCAUUUUCGGUGAAGACCAGAUACGUUUUAACAUGGGCAGAGGAAGGUAAGACUAACUUGGUAUUAUCCUUUUUCAUUUCAUGGACUGGAAGAUCAUGGAUCAAGGGAGUCAUUGAAAAACAGUCUUUGGCAGGACAAACUGCAGUCGCAAAGGAUUUGAUAAAGGAGCUUAAGAAUGAAAUAACAGCUAGCACCUACUAUGUUGAUGGCCCAACUUUGAUUAAACAGGUUGAACCUAUACCGAAGGUAAGUUCCGAAUCCACAAUCACUCCACCUAAGAAGGUCCAAGAAAAACCAGUUACAGUCAAGCACGAUAAGGACUGGAUCAAUUCAAACAGAAUUACUUUUUACAUCAUUGGAUACUUUUUCAUUUCAAUUCUUGGUUUAUUGCUAAUUUCUCAGUUGAGAAUUCUAAGGGUUCUUAAGGAAACGAACGAAUUGACGAAGAGUCAAGUUGUGUUGAACAACCAUUUGAUCCAAACGCUUGCCAAGAGCAGCGUCAAUUAUGACGACAAUGAAGACCAAUUCUGGGAAUGGGUUUUCAAAAAAUACGGCAAGAAAAUGAGCCGGAUAGAAAAAAUUCAAUUCUUGAGUUAUCAGUUGAAUAAACUUUCGCUAGAGGAACCAAAGACAGGAAGAAAAAAGAUCGUACAUGAACCAGCUACCAAGAAAGCAGGUGACACUUUUGGUGACAUUAAGCAAAAGGUUGAGGGUCUUAAUUAUCAGGGUUCUUUGUAUGUGGAAGAGAUACGAGACAUGAUCGUUGAUUUGAUUUAA